AUGUUUGGACGCCCCAUCACUCGGCCUCUCGUCCACAGACAUCAGCCGCUGUCUGAGGGUCGAAGGAUCGAUCAGUACGGACGGCGUUGCGGCGAAAGUACGACUUACAGAACUCCUCGGGUCGAGGCACGGGCGAGAUACGGCUCUUCGACGACGGAGCGGGUGAUGACGACGUCGAGCCGUGAGCUGACAAGCUCGGCGAAGACGACAUGGAGAACAAUGUGCUCCUCGACCCGGGCGAGAAGAACCUGGUGUCGGGCAUGCAGAUGUUGUCGACGGCGGAGCGGCCCGCCCUUUACGACUACAGCAAGCGCCGGCGCGCCUUCGACGUGCGAACGACAAGGUACAAAGACAUCCGCGGGUCUAUCACGACGGAGGCGGUGCGACGAACCAAGGAGGACCUGCGUCAAGGUCGCUGCAAGACGCUCCGGCCAGGCGCCUUCGAGGACUACCUGCGGCGCUGUGGGCGUAACGGGGCAAGCAUGUCGAAGGACCACGCCACGACUCUGGCACGCGGCUCCGGGCUGCCAGUGCACCGAAGGCUGCGCCUCUCGGCCUACAUGCGUGAUGAGCUUGCCGGUAAGGUGCUCACCGACGAUCUCUAGGAUCGGUUCGGCAGGGACGUCAAGGUCCUCAUCGAAAACUGGGCCGACGGGCCGGGCCGUGCGCCAUCAAGGUCAAAGGGGCUGCGUCGAGGCCUCUGGCACAACGCCAUACCCGUGCACCUCCUAG